AUGAAGGUUCUCGUGUGUUUGUUGGUGUUUGCGGCGGCGGCUAACGCUGGAUACAUUGGUGGGGGUGGAUACAGCGGUGGUUUGGGUGGCGGCAGUUUUGGCGGUAGCAAUGGUGGUGGCUGGCAACUAGGAGGCGGCAGCGGUGGCUGGUCCGGCGGAGGUGGUGGAUACGGAGGUGGCUUAGGGAGUGGUCAUGGAGGAAGUUUCGGAGGUGGUCAAGGAGGUGGCUUCGGAGGUGGUCACGGAGGAGGCUUCGGAGGUAGCGGUGGACAAGUGAGAGUCGUCAAAGUCAUCAGCUCCGGCGGUGGAGGUGGUGGAUUCGGCGGCGGUCACGGCGGCUGGUCCGGCGGCAAUGGCGGUUUCAAUGGUGGUUCCAGCGGCGGUUACGGCGGCAUUGGCGGCGGCUGGAAGUCUGGUGGCGGUGCUGGCGGCUGGUAG